AUGGAUAUCUUGGAAAACAUUCCGAGGUAUAGAGAAGAUGGACCACCAUACUGGCUAAUAUUUGUCGGUCAAAACACAAGAUACUGUGAAGCCAUACCAUUACAGUCCAAAAAUAUUUUAGAUGUGAAAACUGCUUUGACAAUAUUCGUUGACAAAUACCAUCCAACAAAACUGACAUCUGACUGUGAAAGUUCUUUCAAAUCAGACGAUAUUAAAAACUAUCUGCGUUCAAAAAAUGUAAACCAAUAUUUCAUUGUCGACCAAAACCAUUCUGCUCUUGGUGUCAUUGACAGUUGUAUAAAAAUCUUAAGAGACUUAAACCAACCACAAGGUGGUGAGGUAGAUGAAAUGUCAUAUGACGACAAAUACAGACACUUCUCCAUGGCAAAGAUGAGACAAGUUUUAAAUAUUUACAAUAGCCGUAAACAAAAAGGUUUGGGAAACCACUCCCCCGAAGAAAUGAAAAACAACCCUGACUUAGAGAAAGACUAUAUAUUUAAUAGUUUAGUCAAAAGAGACAAACAAGAAAGAAUGCCAGGCUUCAAACUUAAGAAAG